UAAAAAAAAAACAGAAAGUGAAGCCAGACUGGGCUUAGAGAGACAGGCGCAGGAGACCAACAAUUGCACACACUGAAACUUUCCGGAGUUCCUAAUGGACACAGUGUUUUGCCCAAUCGACGCCCACUUCGCUGACGAAAUCUCCGCUCUUCUUCAACCUCCUCCCUCUGCUCAAGCUCAGGAAUACUUCGACCAGCUUAUAACAACCAGAGGAUGCACUGGACUCAAAGUAAAACAAAAUGGGGCGCAUGGCAAGGGUGUCUAUGCUGAUGUGGAUUUCAGAGAAGGGGACCUUGUUUUAAAGGACCAAAUGCUUGCUGGUUCUCAACAUUCUGCUAAUAAGAUUGACUGUUUAGUGUGUAGUUUCUGUUUCCGCUUCAUUGGCACCAUAGAAGUUCAGAUUGGAAGGAAACUCUAUUUGCAAGAUUUGGGGGUUGCAGCGAACAAUGAAUGUGAUAGGCAGACAUUAGCACAUAUCCCAAAAAAGACAUGCCAGAUCAAUUCAUCUGACAGUGAGGAUGAUUCUUAUGUUAAAGAUCCCACAAGCACGGAAGAAUGUGCUUCUACUAGUUCUAAAUAUGGAACCCCUCUUCCUAAAGAAAUCGUGGAAUCACUGAUGAAUGGUGAAUUGGUUCUGCCUUAUUCUGAACAGUUCCCAUUGCCGUCAGUUAUUUCUUGUCUUGGUGGAUGUAGAGAAGCUUUCUACUGCAGCCAAUUAUGUGCGGAGGCUGAUUGGGAUUUGUUUCAUUCUUUGCUUUGCACGGGGGCGAGGUCCAAAUCAUCUGAUAAGGAGGCACUACUAAAAUUUUUGCAACAUGCUAAUGAAACGAAUGACAUCUUUCUGCUUGCUGCCAAGGUGGUUUCUUUCACCAUUUUAAAAUACAGAAAGUUAAAAGCAUCUUAUCCUGAAGACCAAGGCAAGUGCACUGCAGACAACUGUGAUCUUUCUUUGCUUUCGGAUGCAUGGAAGCCUGUAUCAAUGGGAUACAAGAUAAGGUGGUGGGAGUGCAUUGCUUUGCCAGAUGACGUCGAUGGUUGUGACGAAGCUGCAUUUAGGAUGCAAAUAAAAGAGCUGGCAUUCACGUCCCUGCAACUCUUGAAGGCAGCAAUCUUUGACAAGGAAUGUGAACCAUUAUUCUCCCUUGAGAUCUAUGGGCAUAUUAUCGGCAUGUUUGAGCUAAAUAAUCUUGAUUUGGUUGUUGCAUCACCAGUGGAGGAUUACUUUCUGUACAUUGAUGAUCUUCCGCAAUCUGAAAAGAAAGAAGCAGAAAGAGUUACACGCCCUGCUCUGGAUGCACUCGGUGAUGACUAUUCCAUUUGUUGCCAAGGCACUGCUUUUUUCCCUCUUCAGAGUUGUAUGAACCACUCUUGUCAUCCAAAUGCAAGGGCCUUCAAAAGAGAGGAGGACAGGGACGGUCAAGCAACUAUAGUUGCUCUUCGGUCAAUUAGCAAGGGAGAAGAGGUAACCAUAUCAUACAUAGAUGAGGACCUUCCUUGUGAAGAGCGACAAGCUAUGCUAGCAGACUACGGUUUCAGAUGCCGGUGUCAGAAAUGCUUAGAAGAAGAGCCAUAACAAGCCCAGGAAGUAAUCUCCUUCAGAUCAAAGACUUUUUCCAGCCCCGAAGUGAGGCAUUUAGCCUAAAACAUCCUUCAGUGAUGAUGGUGGUGCUACACACAGCCAUGGGAAACAAUCGCUUGCCUUCUGAUAUUGACAGGAUUUGGACAUCAUCCAGAAGCGUUCCACCUUUGUUUAACUUAUUGCGUUGAAGAACAUUUAAAUCAGUUUGAGACUUCAUCCAUUGAUUGUUAAGUUUCACAUAAUAUUUAUUUUGGUUGGUUGUAAUUUCCCAUUUUGCUGGGGAAGGUCUGCUUUAGAUUUAUAUAAUUCAUACAACAGGUCCAAAGGUUGUAUCUAACAUCUCAGUACUAAUCCCUCCCAUGGUAAUGCCUCCUAACUAGAUGAAAAUGAAAUUUAAUUUUGUUGAA